CAACUCCAGCUAUCUAAAACCCUGCCUUUUAACAUUCGUCGCCUACAUAUUCGCACAACCCACCUAGGAUUAUGGCGUGCUGGCCAUUGUGGCUCACUGUGGUCCUCAUCUGCUUUUUAACGCUGUGGCAGGAUGCCAAGGCACAGCCAACUUUCACCAUUGACUUGGUGGAGCUGACCAUCCUCCCAGGAACCAAAGUGCAAAGUGGCAGCAACUUAACCCUCUAUUGUAAAGUCAGUGUCAGCCAGAAUACACAACUCAUACACACGCUGAUGUUCCUGAAGGAUGAGACAGUGAUUUACUCCAAAAACACCAGUGACUCUUUGCUGGAGUACAGCCUAGUCCCAGCCAGGGCUGGUCACUCAGGCAAUUACAAAUGCCAAGUCCAAAUCUUCUCAAAGGAGAGGAGCAGCAAGUCACAGAGACUCACUGUAACAGGCCUGCAGACACCAAAGCUGAAAGUACAGGCCAAAACUGUGACUGAGGGUGAUACACAUGCUGUCACAUGCAGUGCACCAGAGGAGAUCGGUGGCUUGUAUUUCAUCUUUUACAAGAACGAUGAAGAGUUUUUCUCUGGCCCUAACAAAGACAAUACAGUAACGCUUCCAGUAAAAUUUGAUAGCCCAGGAAAAUUCUCAUUUUACUGUAAAUACACGCUUAUGCUACAUCCCCUUGCAGGCAGCUCAACCAACAGCAACAUUGUGAACAUCUUAGUUCGAGAACUGGAAAUAACACCAUCAAUAAGAAUUUCCCCCAAUACAGCUGUUGUGGAGGGGGACCGGGUGCACAUUUACUGCAAUGUUUCAGGUUACUCCCGAAAAGACAUAGAAGUCUUCCUCACCAAAGACACUGUGUUACUUAAACUCGAUAAAUCAUUCAGUUACAGCUUUGAGGUAACAGCAAAUGCCUCUGGAGAAUAUGUAUGCAAAAUUGAAAGGGAUAAUGUUCAGAAGAGCUCCAAGGCCAAGCUGCAGGUAGCAGAGUUGUUCUCAAGACCUGUUCUAACUAUGACUCCAAAUGAUGUGUUCGAGGACCAACAAUUCAACCUGAGCUGCAGAAGUUAUAAUAUCUCUAAAAAGCAAAUCGCUCCUACAGAUGUGAAGUACAGUCUGUAUAAAGACGAGAAACUUCUAACAGCUGGACACAUCUUCAGCACUUCAGCAAGUAAAGUCAGCAGUGGAAAUUAUUACUGUAAGGCUGAAGCUAAGGGCAUCACCAAAGCCAGCACACCAUUGGUUAUUAAAGUUAAAGUUCCUGUUUCAGCUCCAGUCAUUCGCACGAAAGGAAAGAUGAUCAUAGGACAGCAGUUUCAGCUCCAGUGUGAGAGUCAAUAUGGAGCGUUUCCUAUCACCUACACCUUACUGAAGUUCCAAAAGGAAAUGAAACAAAUUACACUGACUGGUCCUAAUCGUAUUGCUUCAUUCAACAUCACUCUCAGUUACAAAAAUGAGAGCCACAGCUUCAGCUGCAUAGCUGAGAACGCGGGGGGACGCUACAAAAAAUCUAGUUCAUUUCUCAAUGAACCAGUCAUAGAAACUGUGUCCAUACCAGACUUGACUUAUGACACUAAGGAUUACAUGGUGACCGAAGGUGUGAGACUCAGUCUCAUCUGCAGUGUGCAGCAAGGAACAUUACCGAUAACCUUCACUUGGUACCGCAGUGGAGUUGCAAAGCCACUGAACACCACAAAGAUUAGCAAAAAACAGGGAGUUUACAUCAUCAAGUCCAUAACCCGUGAAAAUGAAGGAAGAUACUACUGCCACGCUUCCAAUGGUGCGGAUGUGACAAAGAGCAGUCUUCAGGUCACCAUCAGAGUGAACUUGGCAAACUGGAAGAAGGCUCUCGUUGGUGUGUCCUGUAUACUACUUUUGGUGCUCGUUGUCAUUAUUCUUAUCAUUUUUCUCAAGAAAGCACAUACUCCACAGAGAAGAAAAAGAGCAGUUGAGUUGUCUGUAAAGCCUGCAAGGACUAAGUCUAACGAUCCCAUGAGGGUGAGUCUGACUCUUGACAUUGAGGACAAUACUACAGGAAAUGCCACUCCUGGUAUUAUGGGCCGAAACGUGUGGAGCGACCAUGUAUCAAGCUCAGAAUCUGAUGAAGAGAAGGACAACGAAGAGUCUGAGAAACCUCAACAUGGUGGUGAACCACUCAUACAGAAUGUGGACAAUGGAGGAGGGCAUGUUAUGCAUGAUACAGACACAGUGAAAGGUGAAUUCCCAGACACCACACAAGAUGAAUCAGAUCAAGUGCAUACUGAUCCAGAGUAUGUCCAGCUUAACAGCUGUCAACAGGAACCUGAGUAGAUGCCCUCUUCUUUAGACACACCACAUGUAACUCACGUGUAAUUUAUUUGGCUUCCGCUCCAGCUCCACCUGCCUGCAAGUGAGAAGACCCUGCUCUUGUGUAUUGUAUACACUUCAGUAGGCAGGGUCAUUUUUGUAUAUGUUGUGAAUUAGUGGUUGCAUAAAUCAUUAAAUUUCCUAUACAUUUGAACAGCUGAGAAUAAAGUCCCUGCUUUAAUCAAGA